UCCAUCCUCACUUCUUAAACUCGUGUCUCCUCUUUCUGCAAUCACAGAGCAAAGUUCACAACAAUGGCCUCCUUUCCCCCCCCUACUCAUUUUUCCACCACUUCUUCCUCAUAUUCCAAACCCCAUCUUAUCUACAAGCCUUUCGCCUCUCUCAAAUCCAAAAACCCUUUCUUUUUACUCUCUACUUUGAAAGCUUCAGCUGACAAUGGGGUUGGAGCUUCAGCUGCUACUCAAGUGGAACCGCUGCUGCAGGCUGUCUCCGAGCCUACUUCUCCGCCGCCGGCGUCAGGUAACCUUGAUGGCUCUGUGGGAACUAAUGGAUCCGUUGCUGCGGCCGCCGAAGCAGAGAAGGCGCUCGCUAGUUUCACUUUUAAGGAUGCAAGAUGGGUCAAUGGGACAUGGGAUUUGAAGCAGUUUCAGAAAAAUGGAAGUACUGAUUGGGAUGCUGUUAUUGAUGCUGAGGCUAGGAGAAGAAAAUGGCUUGAGGAUAACCCCGAAUCAUCCACCAACGAAGACCCUGUAGUUUUUGACACCUCCAUUAUACCGUGGUGGGCAUGGAUGAAGAGGUUCCAUCUUCCAGAAGCUGAACGGCUUAACGGCCGAGCCGCAAUGAUAGGAUUCUUUAUGGCAUACGUGGUUGAUAGCUUGACAGGGUUAGGCAUAGUAGAUCAAACGAACAACUUCAUCUGCAAAACUCUUCUGUUCAUAUCAGUGGUGGGAGUGCUCGUGAUCCGAAAGAAUGAGGACAUUGAGAGUAUUAAGAAGCUUCUGGACGAGGUUACAUUCUAUGACAAACAAUGGCAAGCAACCUGGGAAGAUGAUGAAAACUCAAGCAGUUCCAGAAAAGAGUAAUGCAAAGUGCCUAUAUUCUAUAGCUUCCCUUGGCCCCCACCUUCUGUAUCUACAUAGCAGUGUUAUUAUCUUGCUGGUGCAAAACCGUGACAUGAACAUCAGAAACAUGAAUCAGCCGUAUAAUCUUAUUCUAUAGCCUCCUUUGUCUUGUCCCCUUCUGAAUCUAUAAUGUGAUGGUUUGUUUAAGGUUGUUGAUUGACUGUGUUUUUAUAGACUAUA